CUCUUGGUCUUCUUCGGACAUGGCACAUUCCUUGACCUCACUCGCCGUUUUCCAGAGCGUCACCCGUAAAGAGAUGAUGAGGAGUUUGCAUGUGUAUGGAUCGGUGGAGAUUGAGAGAGAGUUCUUGUUCAAGAGUAAAAGCUGUUAUGUAGAGAAGAAAGCGAAGCCUCUGUUUCGUUCGGAAGAUUUCCGGCGACCGGAGAUCUCGGAAGGGUCGGUUUUUGGCACGUGGCGUUGUAUCUUUGUCUUCCGGUUUAAUCACUCGCUUCCUCGGUUUCCUACUCUUCUCUGUCUUUCAAGAAACCCUAAGCUGGAGGACAUCCCUAAUUUAGCCAAUGAGCUCAAGUUUAUUUCCGAGUUAAAACCGAAGAAACCAUUAAAGAUUUCUGAAGAAGAACAAAUUUCUGAAGAUGAACAGUGCAGUACAGACGAGUAUUAUAACUCUGAUCUGCCUAAACCGCGAAAGCUCGUUUUGAAACAAGAUCUUAACUGCCUUCCUGAUUCAGAAACCGAAUCCGAGGAAUCCGAAAACGAAAAAACUGAACAUUCGGAAUCAGAUGCUAAGUCUGAGAUUUUGGAGAGGAAGAAGAGGAGGACAACAUCCAGACAAGUUGCUGAACUUUCCUUAGAAGAUCUUUCAAAAUACUUUGGUCUUACUAUCGUGGAAGCUUCUCGGAAUCUCAAUGUCGGUCUCACUGUUUUGAAAAAGAAAUGCAGAGAGUUUGGAAUUCCCCGGUGGCCUCAUAGGAAGAUCAAAUCUCUCGACAGUCUCAUCCAAGAUCUUCAGAGGGAAGCAGAGAAGCAGCAGGAAAAGAAUGAAGCAGCAGCAAUGGCGAAAGACAAGAACAAGAACAAGAAGAAAGAAAAGGCUCAUGAAAUGGGUCUUUGUAUUUCAUUCUUUUCCUCUUCCUCUCCUUCCAAAACAGGUCUCCAUAGUCAUGCCACCACGAACAACCACAGCAAUGGAACUGAUUUCUCGUCGUCAACGACCACCACGGGCGCGACAACAAGCAGCAGCGUCGGACAACGGAGCCAAUUCUCCGAAGUGGGGAGCGAUAUUUCCGGUGGGAUUAUAAGUGAUUCCGGUAAACUACUGGAAUCGCCAAAUCUCAAAGUCUAUAGCUUUCUGGAUCUUAAAACGGCGACGAAGAAUUUCAAACCGGAUUCGAUGUUGGGUCAAGGAGGAUUCGGGAAAGUAUACAGAGGUUGGGUCGAUGCCACGACUCUUGCUCCUUCCAGAGUCGGUUCUGGUAUGAUCGUAGCCAUCAAGAGAUUGAAUUCAGAGAGUGUUCAAGGAUUUGCAGAGUGGCGUUCAGAAGUUAACUUCUUGGGAAUGCUUUCACACCGAAAUCUGGUGAAGUUAUUGGGAUACUGUCGUGAAGACAAAGAGCUUCUGCUUGUCUACGAGUUCAUGCCCAAAGGAAGUCUUGAGAGUCAUCUUUUUAGACGAAACGAUCCUUUUCCUUGGGACUUAAGGAUCAAGAUUGUGAUCGGUGCAGCUCGUGGGCUUGCGUUUCUACACAGCUUACAAAGAGAAGUCAUCUAUAGAGACUUCAAAGCUUCCAAUAUACUUCUUGAUUCGAACUAUGACGCAAAGCUUUCAGAUUUCGGAUUAGCAAAGCUAGGACCAGCAGACGAGAAGUCACACGUUACAACUAGGAUCAUGGGCACAUAUGGUUAUGCUGCUCCUGAAUAUAUGGCAACAGGCCAUUUAUACGUUAAGAGUGACGUAUUCGCCUUUGGUGUGGUUUUACUAGAAAUAAUGACCGGACUGACGGCGCACAACACAAAAAGGCCCAGAGGACAAGAGAGUCUUGUCGACUGGUUAAGACCAGAACUCUCAAGCAAACACAGAGUGAAACAAAUAAUGGACAAAGGAAUCAAAGGUCAAUACACAACCCAAGUCGCGACCGAAAUGGCACGCAUUACACUUUCUUGUAUCGAGCCAGACCCGAAAAACCGACCACACAUGAAGGAAGUAGUCGACGUUCUCGCACAUAUCCAACGGCAUAAUGUCGUCCCUAACCGUUCUUCCACUAAACAGGCCGUUUCUAGCUCUUCACGUUCUUCGCCACAUCACUAUCACUAUAGAGCAGGUGGAAUUGGGGCUGGACGCAAGAGAGCAACGCCUGGACGGUUUGGAGUAGAAAAAGAAAUGGUUUCUUGAUAUUUUUUUUUCCGGCGGUAUGAAAUGGUUUUAGAGUCUUUUUGGUUUAAUUCUGUUUUUUUGUAUGGUUUACUACAUUUAUAGAUAAGUGUGCCCAUUCUAUAUUUUUUUUAAGUCUUCUGCUUUUUUUUUUUUGUCACUCAAAAGUGUUUUGCUUAUAGAGUUGAUAGUGGUAACAAAUAUAACUUCAUACA